CUGCGACAAUAGGUUCACCCACUCAUCACACACUUGGUCGGAUGCGAAGUUGCGAACAUACGUUCGACUUGGCAGUAAACGCCAUGCCCUUGGCACGACUGACACCACCUCGGCGUCAGAAGCACCUUAAGAAGGGAGAGGAUCGUCCCUGCCGACCAAGAACCGCCAUGAGCUAGUGUUUUGGGUCGGAACCUUGGAAGUUUGUUAUUACAUACUGGAAUCAUGCUGCGCGCGCAUUACUCUGCCACCACUACUGCCGGUGUACACUUCGCCAUUCCGCCAUUCUCACCGUCAGCGCAUGGCUGGCUGAGAUUCGCGCGCAACCACUGAGCUAGUGGCUCGUACUGCAUCUCUGACCGUCGCGAUCAGGUCGGACGGUUGACGAUUGAAUUGUCAUCCUGGAGCUUCGACUCACAGACAACGCUCUUGAUGAGGAGAACAAUAUGCAUAAAUUUGUUCUCUGCAGCGUGGCUUUGUUCGCAGCAGACUUCAUCGGACAGGUAGCGGGACAAGCCCUCACUACUGGUGUCACAGUGCCGUCAACCACAACCAGCAGCACUUCUACAGUCACUAUUGUCCUUCCAAGUGGCGCUCCAAGUACUGUUCAGGCCUCGAUCGUUGCAGCCGACCCUUCACAAACAGUCUACGUUCUCGGCUGCAAUGGUCCUUCAACGGCGACCACCACCGAUGCUAAAUGUGGAUUCAAGACUCCAAUCACACUAACUCAAGGACCGAGCACAUUGGUCUUCACUGCUACGGACCCAAUCCAGGACGAAUUCACGAAUCCACUUAUUCAGCCCGAAGCUGCCACAACCAUAGCCUGCGUCAUAGUGGGAGCCGACCUCAUGCGCACACCGGUAGUAACGGCAUCGGCAGCAUUAUGUACAGGCAAUGUCCCCAUUCCUGGACUCGGAUAUCUCGGCAGUACGACUGCCCUUUCAGGCACACAGAUCCAAUACGUCGGUGUCACUGUGACUGCUGGCGUUGAGAAGCUCGUGGCAGCCAGGGAAGCAGCGCUUCGUCAAACUUCCACGACGACAUCGACAGCUGCCGCGGCAACAAUGACCGCCCGCGCUAUCCUUUUCGAUCCAGCUUGGGCUGGACUCGUGGCGGUCGCGGCAUUGGGCGCUGUCUAGCAUGUGGUACUCGAAGCGAUGAGUAGCAUUACCGCUGGUGUAUAUUCUUGUCAGCGCAGUUCGUUAUUCUUUCCAGGAUCUAAAUGAGAUAUGGUUGCCAUGCAAUUCAUCCCUGAACUUGAAGGAUCCCACGGCUUCUUGAGAUGUUCAUGCCAACCUUCUUUGCCGUUCUCGAUGCGCUUUGGUCUUUGCGUAGAGAACUUCUCACUAAAUCCCAUUCACCUUCUGCGGUUCUACUCGGAGCAUAGGAAAAUCUCCUACUUCAGUGGAGCAACCUCACGGGCAGGAUUCAUGUAUAAAAUGCAAUUCUUCAAAGC